AUGAAACUGAAACAUAUGGUGAAAUCAGUAAAAUGCAAUGAAGAAAAUUGCGCAAGAUUAAGCAGCGAAUUAAAGAAGCACCACAGUAAAGACGUUCAACUUGAAGUGAAUUUGGAAGAAAGUAAGGCCGCAUUUGCUCUCAAAAAUUUAAGCCGCGCAAAGACAGCGUUGGUGAGCGCACGUACAAUCGCUAAUUCUUUAUGCGUCGAUACUAGAUUACAGGCACAGCUGGACAUCCAAUCCGGAAUCUUGAACAUGGCUGAUGAUCGCGAUUUCAAGACUGCCUACUCAUAUUUCUACGAGGCAUUCGAAAAUUUUGACAAUGCCGGAGACGAGGCGAAUGCAGUGAAGGCCCUUAAGUAUAUGUGCCUUGCAAAGAUAAUGCUGAAUGAAGCGGACGAUGUACCUAUGAUUCUGUCAGGUAAAUUGGGUUCCAAAUAUUUGUGUCGUGAUCUGAAUGCAAUGAAAGAA